AAACAAUUACAUGUAUACACACUACUACUGCUAGCUGCGAAGUCUUCGUGUACGUACGCUGAGACCUGAGACUGAGUUGAAUAAAUGCACCGCAAUUUUUUCAUUAUCAAACUAUCUUUAGACAAAUUACUACUUUUACUAUUUCGGAAUGAUUCUGUAAACUGUAAUUUGUAAAGAGACAUACUUUUCAGAGGAGAGAAAAUUUCCAAAGUUGCAAUGGAAUCGAGUUCACGGAUCAAAACGACAGGAUCCAAUUACACGAUUGCCACUGGCGCUGGAGCCGUCCCGUCCACCUCCACUUCGAAGCGGAGUCGAAAGGUGGCUCUGGGCGGGGAUGAAUUCAUGGCAGCGGCAAUCGGAGAUACAGCCUGGCUCAGACAGACUCUAAAAGAGGGGAAAAAUCCUGAAAAUUUCGACAAAAAUGGAUUAUCUGCUAUUCACCUGGCUGCUCUGCAUGGUAGAAUAGAAUGCCUGAAACUUCUGGUUGAGAAGUACCAUGUGAGUGUGAACUUGGCCAGUUCUACAGGCUGGAGACCAAUCCAUCUCUGUAUUAACAGCAGGACAGGAAAGAGAUCUCUGGAAUGCAUGAAAUAUCUCCUGGACAUGGGUGCAGAUCCAUCUUUACCCAAUGAGGAUCUGAUGACCCCUACCCACCAAGCUGCCAUUGAAGGAAGUGUUAAGUGUAUGGCGGCUCUUCUUGCUCAUAAUGCUGAUAUCAGUACGCCUGAUUGUAAUGGCCAUCUACCUCUUGAUUAUGCAAAGAUUUGGGGGCAUAGAAAAUGUGCCAGGCUACUGGCAUCAGAGACAUGGAAGAGAGAGAAGGAAGCAGAAUUGACCAAGGUAACUGAGCUGCAGCAGCUUAAGAAUCUUAAGGAUGCUGUUGACGAUUGUGAACAACAAGAUCUGCAGGCUUACAAGGAAAUCCAAGCUGACCAGUUGUUCGAUGAGUGGAUGGAAAAGAAAGGUAUAGCAGACAAACAAUCACCCCAACUUGUCUCUCAUAAAAAGGAAUCUUCAACACUUGGAGCAAUGGCCAAUCAGCUUUACCAGGCUAACAGUCCUCGGAAAGCAAAUGUUCCUGCAGUCAAGCUACAGGCUGUUGGUGAGAAGACUGCAGCAAAAGGAAAGGCAAAGGAUUCCAAGGGAAAGACACAAACCAAGUCAACGCCAGCUCCUGUAAACACCUCUGGUGCAGAGCGUAUUGUAGCCAAGGAAAGGUUAUGCAAAGGCAAGACAAAGCCAAAGCUAGAGCCAGUAGCAAAGGUCAAAGUCCCCAUCCUCGAAAUCACUGGAAAUCAGAACCUUGACAAGGUUAAACUCUACACACAACCUGUGCCUGACCUUCCGCAAGAAGUCAUUGACAGAAUACUCCUUGAGAAACUCUCACCCCAUGAACGUCCUCUUUCCUUUAAAUGCAAGAACAUUAUCGAUGCCCAGCACAGACGCCUCUAUGAUGACAGCAUUAAGCCUAUCCAAGAGGUCUAUGCCCACAUCUCAAAUGAUAAAUCAUCAGUGUUAUUUCCGGGAGUAACCGGUUCUGGGUCAUCAUCAACAAGGACAAGUAGCAUCUCAGACUCAGACAGUUUUAAUAACCAGAGAAUAGCAGGUGCCUUGAAACACAUAGCCAAACCUUACAAAUUUCCUCAGAUUCAUGGAGAAGAUUAUACAUAUGGCUUUGAAGUAUUAUGAUCCUGAUCCCCUUUUUAAACUACUGCUGAGUGUAAUCAUGAUCAAACAGAUAAGAAGGUCAUCAUAAAAUCCAAUAUAACAAGCCAUAUCUAUGACUUCAUCUGAGAUAUACUUUCUUUUGGAUAAAAGGAUAACUUGGAGAAAGAUGUUUGUUUUUCUUAGCUGUUUAAAAACCAAGUCCACUCCAAAAAGAAGCUUAUAACGCUAAAAAUGUCAUCAAAAUUAGACGGGAAAAGGAAUGUUAUGGCAUUUUAAAUUUUUACUUAUUUUCACCAAUCAUUUAUGCACAACAUAUUAAGUGAUAUCUAAGUGAGAGAGUCUAUGACACCACAUAGCCACUAUUUCUUUCAUAUUUUAUUAUAAAUAAGAUAUGUUUUCAUAUUUCAAAAUAUGGACUGACUUCAACUUAAGCAUGUAGAAUAAUCUAUUGAAAUUUAUUAUGAUAUAUUCAAGUGCUUAUUUAUUUUCAAAUUCACAAAAUUAAAAAAAUUAUGGUUUUUAUUUUAUGAAAAACAAAAGAAAUAAUGUGUGACAUUAUGGAAAUGUUGGUUGGAAUACACUUUAUUUUGUGCAAAAAUUGUUUUGAGUAGUGAAGUGAAAAGCUUCAGAAUUUCAUAACUUAUUUUAUAUCCAAUUUUGAAUUUCUGUGUUCUUUCCCACCACCCCCCCCCUAUUCAUGUAAACUUAUUGUUGGAAAGGGUAUUAAAAAAAACAUAUGUAUUGAAUUAGUUUUUUUCCUUUCCCCCUCACAUAACUCCCAAGGUAUUAUUCCAGUGUUCAGACAUUAAUAUGUAAAAUACAGGACACAGCUGCAUUUAUGAUCAUCUUUACUUUGGAAUCAGUGGCGUACCUAGGAUUUUCCAGGAUUUUCGUCAGGGGGUGCAAAAAGGUCUUUCAAGCUCGUCAGGGGGGGCAGGGAUACAUGCAUGGGUGGUGGCUCGUCAGGGGGGGCAGACUGCCCCUCUGCCCCCCGUAGGUACGCUAGUGUUUGGAAUCCACUGUUGCUAAGAAAGCACCACAUCUCCCCUGCCAAAAAAGUUUGUGAAUGAAAUAAGAAAUCUUGGCUCCAAAUUCACAUAAAGGUUAAUAUCGUUUUCAUGGAUAAAACUUCAUAUUAAGGCAUUCUGGAAUAAGUGUAUGAACAUGUGAAUGUCUAAAAUUUUCAAUAAUUUGGGGGCAUAAUGGGUUGCAUUCAUAAAUCAGCAACUCUUUUUUUUACUUUUGCAAUCAGUAUUGUUGGUAGUAAUCUGUAUACAAUUUUAUCAGAAUUUGUCCUUAUAUUCUUGCCAAAUGUUUAAAAAAUUAAGCAAGUAAGUAUUCAAUUUGGUAGAUAAGUGUUACCAUUUUAUGUGUAAAUUUUUUCUCUGAACGAAAAAAAAAUUCUGAUUUGGCCCCCCUCUUCCCCAAAAUAAAACCAAAAAAAGCAUCGAGUAAUCAAAUAGUCUAAGAUACAAUUUUUUCAUAAGUUUGUUUAUGUGACAUGUAUUAUUCAUUUAUUUGAUUUUGUUCAUGCUUUUGUACCAAGAUGGUCAUUAAAUUUCAUUUGCCUAAGAAA